AGAAGCGUGGUCUCCAUCUCCUCCCCGAUUGCCCGCAUUUCUCCGCACUUCAUCCAUCUCAAGGAGGGGCACGCAGACCGACACCGGCCGCCGCAAGCGUCGUCGUGUCCGAGAUGUCGACAAAGAUGAUUCGAGUCAGUUUCUCGGACAAGCAUGAGUCGGAGAUACCGCUUGCAGACUUGGUGGCUGUGUGUGGAGUUGGGUCCCAUUAUGCCAUUCGUCUGCCAGUUGCUUCAAAGGUGACAUUUGACCACUUCCAGACUUUCGUCAACAAGCAUAAACCUCCGGCACGAGAUCCUGGCUGGGACGACUACAUCAUGGAUUGGGAGGACAAGUUCAUUGAGCAGUUCAAAGACAAGAACCAGUUGAAUGACUUGGCAGCGGUCGCGGCAUUGACAGAACAGUACACACUUGAAAAGCUUUGCGAAAUUAAGUUAUCAGAGUUCAUGGUUAGCAGUGAGGGCGAGGAGGAUGAUCAUGGAGGUGAUGACGAUGACGACUACGACUACAACACAGUUAUCACGAGGAAGAGCCCAUCGCCAGAUACCCUCCCAAAGGAUGAGGACGAGUUUUGGGAGAACUAUUGUCGUGAGGAUGAUGAAUUGUAUGGAGAGGACUGGAAGAGCCCAUCGCCAGAUACCCUCCCAAAUGAUGAGGACGAGUAUUGGGAGAACAAGUGUCGUGAAGAUGAUGACUUGUAUGGAGAGGACAGGGAGAGUCCAUCACCAUAGUCCUUGUUAGAAAAUUCUGCGACUGCUCGUGUUAUCGAACCAAAUUGCUGGGUUGAUGAGUUGUAAUCUUCGUUGUGUCAAGAAUCUUUAAGGUUCAAUUUUUCAAUAAAUAUGUGAUCUGUUUUGGAAACAUGCAAAUCUGAUGUCGUCAGUUCUUCUCCUUUAUUUAUGUGAGUCCAUCACCAUAGUCCUUGUUAGAAAAUUCUGUGACUGCUCGUGUUAUCGAACCAAAUUGCUGGGUUGAUGAGUUGUAAUCUUCGUUGUGUCAAGAAUCUUUAAGGUUCAAUUUGUCAAUAAAUAUGUGAUCUGUUUUGGAAACAUGCAAA